GUUUAGUUGUGUCAACUGACUACUGCCGUUUAACUUGUGUUAGAGGAGUCCUGAGUUGCGAAAUUGACCACAUUGACUAAGUAAUGCGGUAAAAACAAUGUUUCUGCAUAAUGUUUGUUACCAGGACAGGCGGGAGGUUUGUGUUUGAUCUCAAACACGAAAAAAUAAGUAUUAACUUACGUUAGUUCUCGUCGCUAACAUUGCAGACAUGUAAAGUGGAGACUGUUUUGAACUGGACAACAUGAAUUAACUUCAGAAGCUUAAGUAGCUGGCGAAGUUAGUCAAUUGGAUAGCUUAUAGGUCGUGUGCUGGAAAACAUUACCGUAAAGUUAGUUUCUGAGCUGUUUAACAAUACAUUUACAGUGUCCACUGAACGGCUUAUCAUGUCAGCAUCCCGUGCAGCAGCCAGCUCAUCCCAGCAGCGACUUAAACACAGCGGCUCCCCAACAACCUCCAGCUCGUCCUGUAGCAACAACUCCUCCGCGGUCCGGUUGCAGCCACCUAUCCGCGCCACGGUUCCGUACCAGCUUUUCCGUGGAAGUCAGCACAUCCCAACCCGCUCCGCUUCCUGCUCCUUGUCAGUAGCCGGGAGCAACACAGGACCGACGACGUCCCGUUGCUCCAGUCCCGCCAACCCGGGUGGAAGCGGAUCAGACGGCAGGCUGGUCCCCAGGCAGAGCCUUUCACCACCGGACAGCAGAAGCUCUCCCCACUCGCCUGUUUCCAAAGUCGAAAGGACAAAAUCCCAGCAGGUGCGGAGCUUGGGGACCAUUUGGCGAACUUCCUCCCUGGGCACUAUUACUGGACCCUACCUCACUGGGCAGUGGCCUCGUGACGCCCAUGUGCACUACCCAUCGUGUAUGAAAGAUAAAUCCACACAGACUCCUGGAUGUUGGAGUGAGGAGACGAGAGAGAAGAGGAGUACCCACCAGCGCUCUGCGUCCUGGGGCAGCGCCGACCAGCUCAAAGAGAUCGCAAAGCUCCGGCAGCAGCUCCAACGCAGUAAACAAGGAGGACGCCACAGUAAAGACAAGGACCGACUGUCCCCCCUGCAGUGCAGCACCUACACGUACAGCGCCCUCACCAGCACUACCAACCAUACCUACACAGCCGGCCACGCUCAGCAGUUUUCCAUGUCGAAGUCGGCCCAGAUGCCGCUGUCCAACAUCACAGUGCCAAAGCCUUCCAUUUCCAGGGUGCCCAGCAGCAUGGAGGGCAUCAACCAUGAGCUGGAGAAGGUCUUCAUCAAAGAUAAUGGAGAGAAGGAGGAGCUCAAGUCCCUGGAGGUUCCCGAUGGGCGGCGGGCGCCCUUCCCUCCCCAGCAGCGCAGCAGCAGCACCCACAGCGUGGACACCCAGACCCCCUCGGCCCCCGGCCGGUCCAGCAGCUGCUCCAGCCUGUCGCCCUGCCUCUCGCCUGCCUGCCUGCCUGGGUCACACGACGGCAGUCCUUACUCCACAGAGGAUCUGCUGUAUGACCGGGACAAAGACAGUGGAAGCAGCUCCCCACUGCCCAAGUUUGCCUCCUCUCCCAAACCUAACAACAGUUACAUGUUCAAGCGGGAGCCGCCAGAGGGCUGUGAGAAGAUUAAAGCUUUUGAGGAGAUGAGCUCCAGGCAGUCCACAUCAGCUUCGGUCCCCCUCUUCUCCUGCCCCGACAAAAACAAGGUCAACUUCAUCUCGACGGGCUCGGCGUUCUGCCCCGUCAAACUCCCCGGCUCCCUGCACCUCAUGCCGGCCUCGGAGCCCGAGGAGGAGGACGAGGAGCAGGACGACGCAAUCGUCGGCUCGGAGCCCCGGGGGGCCGCCUCGCUCCACGCAGCCCCCACUCAGGUCUCCACUAGCACCAGCACAGACGAUGCCCCGGAGGAGCCCGGGUCGCCCUCAGAGACUGCAGACCCCCAGACAGACAGCCCGGCUAUCAGCUAGACCGGAGCGGAGCUGGCCUCUGCCCUCCGGGAUCCACCCACCACGACCACCAUCCGUCACCACUGACUGUCCCACCCACCAACACCUCCCCCUCCAUCUCUCUGUGCUGACCCCCCUCCACCCCCCCCUCUAUAUCUGCAUGACGUAGCAACAAUGUCCCGAAUAAACAACCACCACCACCCCGAAGACCCGCCACCUUACUGCAUCGUGUCUGAGCUGUGAAAGGAGCUGAUGGUCUGCAGGCAUCGGAGGGAAGAAACGGAGCACGAUGGAUUGGGGGGGGGCAUGCAUUUUAAACUGGUAGUAUAUUUCUUAAUUAAAUUAUGUGUUGUGUUCUGUUUCAACAUUCACAGUAUGAAUAAGCUCUCUAAACAUAUACUAUAUACACAUAUAUCUCUAAGAAAAAUGCUUGUUUAAAAAAAAAAAAUUCCAAACGGUGUAUUAUGUGUUUAUGUACCCAACAGGAAAAAAAACAGCUGUACUAUUCAGGAUUAUGUUUACACUAUCCAGGUCACCCUGUCUAAAAAAAAUGCAAUGAGAAAAUAAUUUGGGCAAAGAAAAGAAAAUGGCCUCACAUUGGUUGCACAGUGUCUGCAUCUGGCCACGCUUCAGGUAUUUCACAAGUCUAUACUCAGGUAAUUUGGAAUGUAUGUCCAUACGAAUAUCUGCAGCCUGACGAAGCAGAACAGAUUGACCGCCAUUUAAUUCUGUUUUUUCUUCUUCUCUCAAUCCCAGACAAAUCAUUGCUCUCUGGUCCAGAGUCUAGUCUGACACUCGACUCGUGAUAGCUGACUGCAGCAGGUAGAGGCUGAAGUAGUGAGUGGUGGUGAGAUACUGUACGGACCACACACACACUGUGACUGAUGGUGUGUGUGUGUUGACAGAGACUUGGAUGACAUACAGCAGUUGUCUGAUAAUUAAGCCUGUGGACUGUGUGAUUGGCUGUCCUGAACCUGUUAACCAGAAGUGGACGAGUCCGUCGUACCGUCACACGAAGAUACAAUCAAACUGAAGCAGUUGGUUCUUUAGAGGUGCAGAUUGGAGGUUUAGUUGUACGAAUGUUUAUUCGAUGAGUUAAACCUCAGUUUUCUAAGCCAAAGAAGCCAUUUUAUUGUGCAACUCAACCCGACUUAAUUGAGACUAGACCCGGAGUGAUACUGGUUUCCUGAGGCUGAAAUCAGGAUAUGAGUUUAAAAAGCAGCAACAAUACAUAUUGACCAACAUUUAUUUUUUAACAUGUUUUUUGAUGAGAAUCUGUUGAAGUUGGAUUAUUAAAGAAUUCUGACCAAGAUAAGUACUGAGCAGGAUGUUUCCCAUCUGAAACAUCUCUCUAAUGGUCGAUCAGCAAACCCUUUUUCCGAUGCAAUUAAAUAUCAGCUGAUGGAAUUUGAGCGGAAGAUGCAUAAGGGCUGUUAGAACAAACAACCGGUUAUUGAGGCCAAAAUACAUCGGACGUGAUCAGAUUCUCCGUGAGUGUAUCUAACUUACUGGACAACAGCCAUUUUUGGCACAAGUAACAGUAAAUGCGUAAAUAUAAAGUAACACAAGCAGCACAAGUAGAGAGAGAGUCGUACAAUCAGCAGACUGACUCUAUAGUAGCCACCAUGAGCUACGGGGCACACCAGACGACGCAGGGCUGUAGCAGUAACAUCUCUUAGGGUUUUAGAUUGACUAAGAGUGUCUUAAUUUAUUAAAAUUUGUGAUUGUAAGAGGAAGAAUGGGAAUGAACGAGAACCUACAUGCACUUCAACCACAGCCCGCUUAUCUAAUUCUCAGAAUGUGCACUGCCUCCACAUACACACACUGGAAGGGACAUUUUUCAUACUAAAAUGUGUGACAGCAGGACUGCGUUUGGAAUUAUUUAAGAAAUCUAAGUUUGAGUACCAGUAACAAAACUAUGCUUUAUUGAGCACCUUACUUUGAAUAUCUUUUUUUUUUUUUUUUUUGACAAAAGCUGAAGUUCUCAAAUGAUAAAAUUAAAAAAUACAGCCUAACCUUAACUGGCAAAUAAUGAUUUAAAGCUGCACUAAUCAAUAUUUUUUAUAUCCGAAAUGGAUGAAAUUAAAUGAGAUGAAAGGGGUCACUUUCACCCAACUCUGGAGCGCUCCUCAGAGCUAUGGAGCUUUUUUCAGCCCCUUUUAGAUCAAUUGUUUCGGUUUUAUGGCCCAUCAACUCUCUUGGUAUACCAUCCGCCAACCAAUCCGUACACAGAUUAAAUCAGUGUCUAGCUGGCAAAGAAAGUGGAUCAUUUAGCAGCUAAAAGGUCCAAUAUCUUCAGGAGUUGGUGGUGACCAAACCAGAGCGUAAAGGGAGAGUGAAUAGUGGACUUACAUUCUUUAGGUACAAACAAACCUGACACCAGAUGAAUGCUAAUGUUGCUCUGCUUCUGCCAAGUAAUUGUUUGAGAAACCGGUCAAAAGAUCGAUAAAUACAGCUUUAAAUCAGACACCGCUAAUAAAAGAAUUACAAGUCUGAUUAGUAGGAACGUUUCUGUACAGUUUAAAAUUCUUAGUUCUACAGACACAGUAGCACUUUUCAGUCAGUGCCAGUAAAGGAUGGAUACCCAUUCAGGAGGACAGUAGAUAUAGCCGCACGGUUUGCAUAAACUAAAAUCAAUAAAGCCAUACAAGAUA